UCAGGAAGUGAAAUUGUAAUGUACUGUUUUGUUUUAUGUACUGUUUUGUUUUAGCCCGUCGCUGUUUAACUAACUAAUUUUGAGGUUUAAAAUGGGGCUUUUUGGAAAGACACAAGAGAAACCACCAAAGGACCUUAUCAAUGAAUGGUCUUUAAAAAUCAGGAAAGAAAUGAGGGUUAUUGACAGACAAAUCCGAGAUAUUCAAAGAGAGGAGGAGAAGGUGAAGAGAUCCAUCAAGGAUGCUGCUAGGAAGGGGCAGAGGGAUGUUUGCAUAAUUCUCGCCAAAGAGAUGAUUCAUUCAAAGAAGGCUGUUAACAAACUGUACGCUUCCAAAGCCCAAAUGAACUCUGUGCUUCUAAAUAUGAAGAAUCAGUUAGCUGUAUUAAGAUUAGCUGGUGCUAUGCAGAAGAGCACAGAGGUCAUGAAGGCCAUGCAAAGCCUGGUUAAAAUCCCAGAGAUUCAAGCCACCAUGAGAGAGCUAUCAAAAGAAAUGACGAAGGCUGGUAUCAUAGAGGAGAUGCUGGAAGACACACUGGAGGGUAUGGAUGAUGAGGAGGAGAUGGAGGAAGCAGCAGAAGCUGAGGUUGACAAGAUCCUAUAUGAGAUUACAGCCGGUGCUCUUGGAAAAGCUCCCAGCAAAGUUACAGAUGCUCUACCAGAGCCAGUGCCAGCUGGGGCCACAGCAGCUUCAGAAGAAGAAGAGGAGGAAGAAGAAGAUAUCGAGGAGAUGCAGUCUAGGCUAGCAGCACUGAGAAGCUAGAAUACCUUGAGCUCUGCAGGGAUAGACAACAACACCAUUUCUUAUGUCUUCUAUACCUUUUUCUUACCCAUCAGGACAUUGGG